AUGACUUCUAACAAAACCAAUCCUAAUUAUUAAAAUUACCAAAAAAUUCAUCAAAUUUUGAAUAACCAAGCUUAAUCAUCGCCUUUUCAGCAUUUUAGAUAAAAUUCCCAUAACAUCAAGUUAUGCCACUCACCUGAACAUAAUUAAGAAACUCCAUUAAAUCUUACAAAAAAAACUAAUAAUUUAAAUAAUAUUAAUAAAAAUCUAACCUAAUUUAAACUUUGUCAUCAUAAACAUGAAUCUCUCAAUUUUGAGCCUUUUCAAUUUAAUGUAUUAAGUCUAUUGAUAUAUUUAGAAUGACAUCAAACUUUAAAAAUUUACUUAAAUCAAAAGCUCAAGAUCUAGUAAAAUUAAUCAUUUUGAUUUAAGCAAACAAAUUAAUAAGAUUAAUAACUGUAAACAAGAAAAUAUAACUGAAACCAUUUAAACACAUACUUAAUUUUAAAAUAAAGAAAGAUAUGAUGAAAAAAUCUUGGAUUUAUUAUUACUUGAUACAAUAGAGUUAAAAAAAAUAUUGACAGUAAAUAAAGAAGAACCUUUAAAAAAAUAGAGGUUUAAACCAAAAAUUACAUAUAUUUCUAAUACUAAAGCUUUGCCUCAUGAUUUUUUUUUCACAUAAUGA